GGCAGCAAUUACGCUUUGGGGAUAAAACGAGGCGCAGAGUGCGGGCCGGGCAUUCCUCCUCCGGAGAUGGCGGGUCUGACUGCGGCGGCCCCACGGCCCGGACCCGGAGCCCUGCUCGCGCUCCCGCUCCUGCUCUGCCUCCUCCGCCCCGCGCAGCCUGGAGGGGUCCCAGGGGUGGUGCCCGGUGGUGUGCCUGGUGGCAUUCCCGGAGGCGUUCCUGGAGGCGUCUAUUAUCCAGGGGCUGGUCUUGGAGGCCUGGGAGGAGGAGGACUGGGACCUGGAGGGAAGCCACCCAAGCCAGGCGCCGGGCUGCUGGGGACAUUUGGGAUCGGUCCUGGUGGCCUCCCUGGUGGUGCCACCGCCGGGGCAGGGAUCGGGGCCUUUCCUGCAGGCACCUACCCGGGGGCUCUGGUGCCUGGCGGAGCGGCUGGUGCUGCUGCUGCUGCUGCUGCUGCUGCUUAUAAAGCUGCCAAGGCUGGGGCCGGGCUUGGUGGCAUCGGAGGGCUUGCUGGUGUUGGCGGAGUUGGCGGAGUCGGAGGACUUGGUGGCGUUGGUGGCUUAGGAGUGUCUACAGGUGCCGUGGUCCCUCAGGCCGGAGCAGGUGUUGGAGUAGGAGCUGGAGGGAAGCCAGGGAAAGUUCCAGGUGUGGGGCUCCCAGGUGUGUACCCAGGUGGAGUGCUCCCAGGCACAGGAGCUCGCUUCCCUGGAGUAGGGGUGCUCCCUGGAGUCCCCACUGGAACUGGAGUCAAGGCCAAGACCCCAGGUGUAGGCGGAGCUUUUGCCGGAAUCCCAGGGGUCGGGCCCUUUGGGGGCCAGCAGCCUGGGGUCCCCCUGGGGUACCCCAUCAAAGCGCCCAAGCUCCCAGGUGGCUAUGGACUGCCCUACACCAACGGGAAGCUUCCCUAUGGAGUGCCUGGUGCAGGGGGCAAAGCUGGUUACCCCACAGGGACAGGGGUUGGCUCCCAGGCAGCAGCUGCGGCAGCUAAAGCAGCCAAGUAUGGUGCUGGAGGAGCCGGAGUCAUCCCUGGCAUCGGAGGGGGUGGCAUUCCUGGCGGAGCUGGCACCAUUCCUGGGAUUGGGGGCAUCGCAGGGGUGGGGACUCCUGCGGCAGCUGCUGCUGCGAAGGCUGCUGCAAAGGCUGCAAAGUACGGAGCUGCUGGAGGCCUAGUGCCUGGUGGGCCAGGAGUUAGGGUCCCAGGUGUUGUGGUCCCAGGUGUCGGGAUCCCAGGCAUUGCAGAUGGAGCAGGGCCUCUGGGGCCAGCUGCAGCUGCUAAAGCAGCGGCCAAAGCAGCUAAAUAUGGGGCCCGGGCUGGAGUAGGAGUCGGGGGCAUCCCCACCUAUGGGGUCGGGGCCAGGGGCUUUCCUGGCUAUGGCAUCGUACCCGGAGUCGGGGUCGGACCUGGAGUUGGGGUCAUACCCGGAGUAGGAGUUGGAGUUGGAGGUGUCCCUGGAGCUGGCCUUUCCCCAGCAGCCCAGGCCGCCGCUGCUGCCAAAGCUGCCAAGUAUGGUGCAGCAGGAGCUGGAGCCCUGGGAGGUCUGGUGCCAGGUGCAGUACCAGGUGCAGUACCAGGUGCAGUACCAGGGGCAGUACCAGGAGCAGUACCAGGGGUAGUACCAGGAGCAGUACCAGGAGCAGUACCAGGGGCCAUACCAGGUGCAGUACCAGGUGUGCUAGGCACCAAAGGAGUGCCAGGAGCAGGGACCCCAGCAGCUGCAGCCGCUGCUGCAGCCGCCAAAGCAGCUGCCAAAGCUGGCCAGUAUGGGUUAGGCCCUGGGGUCGGCGGGGUUCCAGGUGGCAUAGGCGUCGGUCCUGGUGGUAUCGGUGUUGGUCCUGGUGGCCUUGUGCCUGGUGGUGUUGCCCCUGGUGUCGGCACCGGGCUUGGACCUGGUGGUAUUAUAGGAGCAGGGACCCCAGCUGCAGCCAAGUCCGCUGCUAAAGCAGCUGCCAAAGCCCAGUACCGGGCCACUGCCGGGCUGGGUGUUGGAGUUCCUGGGUUUGGAGCUGGUGCCGGGGUUCCCGGAUUCGGAGCUGUGGCCGCACCAGGCUCCCUGGCCGCCGCUAAAGCAGCCAAAUACAGAGCAGCAGGGGCUGGGGCUCUUGGAGGACUUGGAGCUUUUGGAGGACUGGGGCCUCUGGGCGGACCCGGGGCCCUGGCAGGAGCAGGUAUCCCUGGUGGUGUGGCAGGCAUCGGGCCUGCUGCCUCGGCUGCUGCCGCCAAAGCUGCCCAGUACGGCCUAGGGGGUGCCGGUGGGCUCGGAGCCGGAGGGCUGGGCGCUGGAGGACUGGGAGUUGGAGGACUGGGAGUCGGGGGACUCGGAGCCGGAGGACUGGGCGCUGGUGGACUUGGGGGUGUGUCCCCAGCUGCAGCUGCUAAAGCAGCCAAAUACGGUGUGGCACCCAGACCUGGCUUUGGAUUGUCCCCCAUUUACCCAGGUGGUGGUGCUGGGGGCCUGGGAGUCGGCGGGAAGCCCCCCAAGCCCUACGGAGGGGCCCUGGGCGCCCUUGGAGCCCUCGGAUACCAAGGUGGCCCCUGCUUGGGGAAAUCCUGUGGCCGGAAGAGGAAGUGAGCUUCCGGGGGGACCCCUGACUCUCGACCUCAUCAACGUUGGUGCUACUGCUUGGCGGAGAAUGUAGACCCUCAGAAACCCCACCCACCCAUCCCCACCCGGGAGGCGGCCUCGGACAGGACAAGAAAACAAGAGCAGGGUGGCCAUGGGCCCCAACCGCGAGGCCCCACUUCAGAGGCCCUGAGUGGGUGGGCUCAGCUCCUCCGCAGCCCCUUCCCACCUGGGAGUUCCCCCCACAGUCUCCAUCUCUGGGAAAAUUGGUGCUACACCCUGGUGCUCUCGUCUUCCUGGGGAGGAGGAGGGAAGGGGAGCCCUGGGGACACCCUCCCUCUCCGGGGCUCCUCUGAAGAAUGGUGCCUACAUUUCCUGGGCAGUGCCACCUCCCCCUGCCCAUCAGGAGCCACCCCUGGCUGCGGUCCAGUUGGUACCCAAGCACCGGAAACCUAAAGCUGGAUUCAGUCACUCUGUCCCCUCCCCUCUGCCCGUGGCUGUUCCCCACAUCCGGGGCACCUUCGUGUCAGAAGACCCCAUACAUACAACACUGGGAAUGGCCCCCUUGCUCUCAUGGAGCCACCUGCCCGUCUGUCCAUCCUCCCAUCCUCCCAGCCUCGUCGCCAGUCCACUGCCCAGUGCCUCUAACUGGCUGAGCACACCUGUCGUGGCAGCCUGCAACCAGCCCCCAACCCCCCCACACCCCAACGCUAGCCCAGGGUGUGAGGGGCCAUGCGGGCUGGGGGAACAGGACUCCGCUCCCCAGCCCGGAUCUCUCCACACGCAGUACUGUACCCCCGACCCUCCCUUGAGCCACCGUAACUACAGAGCAUGUCUCACCCCCCCAUUUCUUUGUGUCUCGCUGUGAUAGAUCAAUAAAUAUUUUAUUUUUUGUCCUGGAUAUUUGGGGAUUAUGUUUGAUUGUUGAUGUUCUCUUUGGGUUUUAUUUUUGUGCUGAUCUGGGGAGCUGUAACUCAGUAGAAAUUUCAUUUUAAUCACUCUGGUAUAACUCUGGAUGGAACACAUUUUUUUAAAAAAUAAGAAAGAGAAUUAACUGCUUCAGAAAAGACUAAUAAAUGAAAACCUUUUAAAGGAAA